GCGAACUCCAGAGAAAGCCGGUGGCGUCGCUCGAGUCGUUUGCAACACUGCAGGUUCCUUGAGUCGGCGCGACGCAGUUCUCUUUUUCUCAAAGUGGUGGCUGCGACAUUGCACGCACUUGUCGUAGCUGCAGCGCGCUCCUUCACUCGACCGACGUGCUCUUCUGUCAUAAUCGGCGCCCUUACGACGCACUCCAAGCACGAGGGAUCGGAUGGUCUCGUUGCCCGUCUGCUAAACAUCAGCGUAGCAACUUCCGCGAAACGACAAGUCUUUAAGCCGUCGGCCGAUACUUUCAGCAUCUCCUUUAGUAAUAACUGCACUGCCAGCUCUAAAGCGGUGCCUGAAAAGGAACCUCUACUGGUGCAAAGAAUGGAAGAUGCCCACAAGAAAGAUGUAACUGCGAAUGGAAAACCGAGGAUUGUCAAGGUAGACCUCUAUGAAGAACCCAGCGAAGCUACGGGUGAAGGCUUUUGCAGAGCCCCCAGAUUGAGUUUCGUGGAGUGCAGCUGUCCUGAUGUUACUGCUCUCGGAAAGAAGAAGAAAGGCGAGGCAGCCGGCAUAGACAAGUGCUGGUGGGUGGUCGCGCUUGCCUUCGUCAUGACGACCAUGGAGUCCUCGGCCAGUCGCUGCUCGGGGUUUCUCUACGUGGGCAUCAUAGAGCAUAUGCGCGUGGAACGUGGCCUUGCUUCGUGGCCCGUGAACCUCAUCACUUCGGUCAACGACUUCGGAGGGCUGGUGUCCGGUCCACUGAGCGAACAUUUCAGCACUGUUCCAGUGAUGGCAGUAGGAUCCGUUUUGGCGUCAGCAGGCGUUAUAGCAUCGGCUUUCGCGCCGGAUAUCACGUGGCUUUCCAUCACUCUCGGUGUCGUACACGGAUUCGGUAUCGGAGUCGUCGCCACCAUGCUGCAAGUCAUCAUAAGCAUGUACUUCAAGCGGUACAGAGGUACCGCUCACGGCAUCAUGUUUGCCGGCUCCACAGCGUGCGCAUUCUUCUACCCUCAGCUCCUGCUCUUCCUGAGAAACACUUACGGCUUCCGUGGAAGCCUCCUUCUUUAUGGUGCCAUCCUCAUGCACAUGUUCGCCUUAAGCUUCGUGUUUCGCGAACCCUCUUGGGUUUCCAGUGAGAGACUCGAGAAAAGACGUCCGACAGUAGCAAGUCUACCGACCUUUCCAGUUUCUGAAAGCGAAACUCGACGGCCAUCGAAGCUACGUCGGUCAUCGUGCCCCAUUAUUGAACUAGAGUCCCGGCGCUCAAAAGAAGCACGUCGGCCAUCGUUUCCUGCUAGUGGUCUGGAAGCUCGAUGCGAGACACGAGCGCUUCGGCCGUCGAACCUUGUUACUGAACUGGAAACGAGCUGCACAACUGUGGCGGUCUCCACCUCGCGGGCUGUGCUCCAAAGUGUUCGCGAAGUCUUCAAGUGUGGCACGUUCUACGCGCUCAUUGUUACUUGGCUAGUGCUCUGCUACAACACGGAUAUCUUCUUCUCCACGAUAGUGGACCUCGCUUUGGACAAAGGCGUACCUCUACGGGACGCUGUGGCCCUUAUCCCUUACUUCUCAAUAACGGACCUUGUGGGAAGGGUGUUCUUGCCGCUACUGGCAGAUCGCAAGUACCUGCGGCGCACGACCUUGAUGGUUAUAAACUACGUUCUUCUUGGUGCGGCGGUGGUGUCGGUGCCGUUCACCGAUCGGUACGGCGCUUUGGUUGGUGCGUCUCUGUGCGUCGCUAUGUUCAUGGGCUGCGGCAUGACUAUGCACAGCGUUAUGAUGGCGGACUAUUUGGGCCUGGAGCGGCUAGCCGUGGGGUACAGUAUCAUGGGGGCCAUCUGCGGACCAUUGCUACUGGGAAAGCCUCCGCUUGUAGGUCUCUUCAGGGACAAUCUUGGCUCGUACGAUGCGAUGUUUUGGCUUCUGGGAAGCCUGUGUAUUUUUGUCGGCUUGAUGUGGAUGAUUGUGUCGUGGUUCGAAAGGAAGAAAGUUCGCAACUGGGAACUGGACAUUGCCAGAAAUAUGCCAUGCAUGUUGCACAUGUGAGGAUUUAAGCCACCUAGAACAACUUAUUUUAGUAAAAAAAAAUAAAAAUAA